AUGACACAGCAGAUGUCCCCCGAGUCCCCCAAGGCAUCGACCGCGGCUGAGGCCAUGGCAGCAGAGAUGUCCUCCGUCAACGAGCCCAAAGACAAUGACCUAGAGUCAGCAACUCCUGCAGUGCGCGGAUGGGACUGGCUCGAGGACAGCCACAACCCUUACAACUGGCCGAAAUGGAAGAAGAACGUCCAGCUGCUCACAAUUGCAUCCAUUGCAUUCACGUGUUCCGUGGGAACAUCCAUCGUUAGCCCCGCCCAUCAAGACUUCAUGGACGAGUUUGGGGUGUCGAGCACCGUCGCCUUCCUCCCUUUGUCGCUCUACGUCUUCUCCCUCGGCCUGGGUCCCAUCGUAGGGGGUCCUCUCUCCGAGGUUGCAGGAAGAAGGGCUGUCUUUAUCAUGGCCGUGGCUCUUGGCGGGUUGUUUGCCUUGGGAUCCGGCUUCGCGGGUACCUUUGCCGGCCUCUGUGUCAUGCGCUUCCUAUCUGGCUUCUUCUACGGCCCGAGUCUCGCCAUCGGCUCAGGAGUCCUCUUGGAGACCUAUCGUCCCAUUGAACGAGGCCCACCCAGUGCUCUCUUCAUUCUGAGCCCUUUCCUUGGUCCUGGUCUGGGUCCUGUCCUCGGUGUUUUCCUGGUGGACAGAAUGGGUUGGCGUUGGACGCAGUAUACCCUGGUUUUCUUCUCGGUUUUCUGUGCCAUCUGCAUGUUCUUCUCCGGAGAAUCUUACCAUCUCGUGCUAAAACGAAGACGAAUGAAGGCUCUUGGGCUUACACCGCCUGAAGCAGCGCCGCUUUCGGCCACCAUGAAGAAGUUCGUCACCGUGGACCUCUUCCGGCCGAUCCACAUGCUGCUGACCGAGCCGAUCGUGACAUUCCUAUGUCUCUACAUUGCCACCAUGUUCGGCACGUUGUUUCUGUUCUUUGGCGCUUUCUUUUACGUCUUCCAGAAGACCUAUAACUUCGCGCUGAUCCAAUCUGGGCUUGUGUUCUUGGGCAUUGGCUUCGGAUGCCUCCUUGGCACAGCCAUGGUUGCUGUGUGUGAGGUAGUUUUCUACAGACCGAAGGCGAAGAAGCACCUUUCUCACCAGAUCCCACCGGAGUAUCGCCUCUAUCCCGCCAAGAUCGGCAGCAUACUGCUCCCAAUUAGUCUGUUUUGGUUUGGUUGGACUGCCAGUCCUGGCAUCAAUCCGGCCGCGCCCAUCAUAGCCAUCGUACUAUUCGGCACUGGCAAUAUCGGGCUCUUCAUCAGCUCGAUGCAGUACAUUGGCGACGCGUACCACCACAGCAAUGUGGCCAGUGCAUCAAGCGCCAACAGUCUGGCACGAUAUACCUUCGCUGCGGCAUUCCCGUUCUUCUGUAUCCAGAUGUACCAGAAACUCGGAACAGGCUGGGCUACCAGCAUCCUCGGAUUCCUGGCAUUACUGCAGCUGCCCGUCCCUUGGGUUUUGUCCAAGUACGGCAAACGGCUGCGCGCACUCAGCAAGUACGAGACUUCGAGUUCCUAA